AAAAAGUAAAGAAAAGGAAAAGAGAAAAUAGAGAGAAAUUAUGAACACACUCGAGCCUUUCUCAAAAAGGGCGGGAAAUUUGCUUCGCGCUUGGCGCCCCCCCUAAAAGCCCUAAUCCCAGAAAUUCUCAGAUCCCCCAAGUUUCCAAACCAGUUCUACUUCCACCCAUUUCACCACAUUUCGUCUAUCAUUCUCCCCAAACUUGAGGUUUUUGUUAAAGCUACAUGGACGGAUUGUCCAGCAUCUGCGCUGGCCUCGGAACAUUAGAAGAAGACGACAAUGGGAAGCGAAUUGGUUAUGCCAAGGGAGAGUACUGUUCAGAUAACCUGAAGGAUUUAUUAAGGUUUCUAAGGCGUGAUGAUCCGGAGAAACGAGAUGUGUUCAAGCAAGUUUGUAAAUGGAACAUAGUGGGAAAAGAUCUGAUACCUAUUAUUGAGUAUUGUCAAGAAGAUCGAAAUUUAGUGCUAAAUUCAGUGAAGGUGUUGGUGUUUCUUACUAUGCCUGUUGAGCCCACGUCUAUUGAUAUAGCCCAGCAGAUUGAGUAUCUAUGGGGAUUGAAGUCUGCCAUUACGUUCAGUGAUAUUGUUCCAGUGAUAGUGUCUCUUCUGGAAAGUCCACUAGAAAAUCUCGAAAAUGAAUCCUUUACAGAAGAAGAUUGGAAAUUGGUUCAGCUGGUCCUUACUUUGUUCCGCAACCUUCUUGCUAUUCAAGAUAUAUCAACUCAGCAGAAAGCUGGAGGAUCGGCCACUCAAUUCCUAGCCCUGCGGGACAGGUUUCUAGAACUAUUAUUCCAGGAGAAUGUGACGGACCUGAUAUUAGUAUUGUCUCAGCACACUGGUGGUUCUCAUGGCUACCUACGUCAAGAUAACUUGCUUUUACUGGAAGUUUUCUAUUACAUAUUUAAGGGUCAAGAGCCGGAGUUGAUUGCUAAGGCAUAUUUAAAGGGCUCAAAGGUGGAAGAUGACCCUGAAGAAACAGUUUCUACUCUUCAAUCUAUUAUGACAGAGGAGCAAGAGAAAAGAAAGCUGACCAGAUUUCAUAAACUCAGUUGCUAUUCACAGUUUAGUGGAACAUUUACCCGGGUCUCCUUGGAUGGUUCUAAAGCACUUCUUAAAGGAAACCCUUCUGCGUCUGCUGACGCUUUGCUAAAGGCUCACAAGAAUUACCGAGGUCCGUCGAAAAGAGAAAUGUGGGACCAUGGAGAACUGCCAUCUAUAAAAAAUCAAAUCCUGCAAUUACUUGAUGAUUUUAUAAGCCAGUUUCUGAUGGGGGGAUACAAUGUUUUGAUGCUGUCAAUCCGGGAGGAUAUUGAAAAAGAAAACCAGGAAAUUCAGAGUAGCGAUGUGGUCAUGUUCUUUCAAGUUGCUCAAUUUGUCACCUCAUUUCAAUAUCACAAGUGUUUAGCUUCAAAGCCUAGUAAUCAUGUUGAAAACAGAGCAUCAGCGACUUGUCAUGAUGACAACACUUUGUUUACUGGUAGUAUAUGCGGACCAAUUGCUGAAACUCUGAACGAGUCGAUGUUUCUAAUGGUCAUUUCGAAAUGGCGUUAUGCAUUUGAAGGUUUAAAACAAACAAACGACUAUAAGUUUCUUUCAGCAGCAGGAUCCCUGGUGAAAAUUAUGAUACGUAUGCUGGAUUUGGUGCUGAAGCAAUGCCCCGAAGAUUCUAAGGAACCUCAGACAGCUCGAGUCCUUCUAUACAAGUUAUUCUAUGAUCAAACUGAGGAAGGGAUGACUCAGUUUCUCCUGAACCUGAUUAGAUCAUUUGAUACUCAUAAACAGUCAAAAAGUGAUCUUGCUAACUUGGUGGAAAGCAUGCAUGUGGUGCUACGACUAUUGGAGAAUCUUCAAGCACGUGGCACCUUACGGGUUUCGAAAAAGUCAAGGAAGAAAAGGAUGAAUAAGAGCAAGAAUGAAAAUGUUUGUGAACCGAGUGUGGACAAUGCUACCGUUCCGAAUGAGGUUGGCAGCUCCAUUUGUGAAGAAUCAGCUGAUAUCAAUCUUAUUGAGAAGGAGACAUUAAAAGUUCAGGAUUUUGACGUAGAGGCAGAUAGAAGUAUGAGGGAUUCCAUUCAGGUUGAUGAACCUGCUAUAAAGCCUGCUAAUCUAGCAAGCAAUGAGUCAGAGACAGAUGACAUAAAUGUUUUUCAUCGUGGUGGUCUUUAUCCUGAAACUGAUAAUUCUUCUGGUGAUGAGCAGCUAGUAUUGACAGAUGAAGUUGACUUUAAGGUGUCUUCUUUGGUUUAUGCUCUGGCUAACAACAGUGUUAUUCAGAAACUAUGUUGGCUGCUGAAGUUCUACAAGAGCAAUUCUGUCAUUACGAACCAUUACAUAGUAAGCAUGCUUCGGCGAAUUUGUGAUGAUUUGGAACUAUCGCCAAUGCUAUACCAGUUAUCAUACCUCACAAUAUUCUAUGAGAUCCUGGAGGAGCAGAAAUCAAGACCAUGCAAAGAAUAUGAGAAUGUUGUUACCUUUCUGACAAGUUUGGUUCGGAGAAUGUUGCGGAAAAUGAAGAGUUAUCCCCUUCUCUUUGUGGAAGUUCUAUUUUGGAAGACACGAAAAGAAUGCCAUUAUAUAAAUUGUGGAUCCAUGCUAAAUGAGCUUAACAGUAUGAAAAAUAAAACUGGGCAAAGCAGAAGUGACACUAAAAGUGGAGGAAAUGGUUUGUUUGAGGAGCAACAAUGGGUACGAAGGAGUAUAGCAGAUGCCCUUGGUGAUGAUGAUUUUGUAGCAGCUCGGCAGGACAGCCAAGGGGGAUAUGAUCCUUUUGAAGGCAAAUCUCAGAAGCUGGCACAAAGUCAUGGGGAACAAAAUGAGACCAGUACAUCAAAUCCAAACAAAGCCAUUGAUGGGAGUGAAAUUUCUGAUAGGGAGGGGCGAUCUGAAGAACCUGACAGAAUAUCAAAAAGAGGAAGCCGCCUCGUUCUCAGUGAUGAAAUGGAAGGCAGAUUGAAGGAUCUCUAUGAAAAGUACAAGGAUAAUCCAGAUUGUUGUCAGCUCAUUGCUGGAGAGCUUGAUCCAAAUGGGGAUAUUUCGAAAAUGCGAGUUGCCAAGACACUUAAACAGCUUGGAUUUAAAAUGCCAGCUAGGGAAAAGAUGCAGAGGUCUGAUGCCUCCAUUCAACUUGGAACCAAUAAAAGGGAUCUUACAAGGGGUAGCAUUACUGCAGAGGAAAGUUCACCCUUGAGAAAACCUACGCAUUCUAGAAAAAGAGUACACGCAUUUAGCGUGGACGAGGAGCAGAAGAUUAAAGAUUUGUUUGAGCAGUUUAAAGAUCAAAAGAGGUGCAGUUACAUGAUUGCUAAUGCGCUCGAUGGCAGUGGCAGAAUUUCUGCAGCUCGGGUUUCUCGCAAACUCAAGCAACUUGGCCUUGUUGGGCCAAGAAAGAAGAGGUCUCAUGCUAACAAGCAUUUGAAGGACGAGGAUUUUAGUGACAUUUCUUCAGAAGCUGCAGGCAAAUCCGACGAUGAAACAUUGUUCUCUAGGAGAAACAGGGGCAAACAAAAGCGAAAUGAAGGUCAUUAUGAUGAGGAGCACAGUAUGAAGAUUGCGCAGAAAUUGCCCGAAGAUGUGUCUGAUGAUGAGUUGCUCAGCUCUAUGUUUGUAAAAAGAAAGAAAAGGUCCUCGAGAAAUGAUGAUGAUGAACAUAUGAAUGGUUCAUUUGAGAAGAAUUUAGUUGAAGCUAACUCCAUAGACAGGGAUACUCAAGUUCCAGAGAGGGAUGCUUCUGGGCUAACCAAUCAGAUUGGAGCUGUAGAAGACACUGUAAUAGUUGAUCAUCCUGGCGAUGCAGAAACUGAAGCAAUUGUAGUGGAUAAUCCAAAUGAAUCAGAUGCCAAGUCUUUUGCGAAAGCUGAUGACUCCUCCAAGCAGACGCUCUUUGAUGAUGAGCUUGAUGAUGAAUUAGUUGAUUUUGAUAAAAACACGGAUUCUGUUACGACACAGGAAAAUAGUGCAUCAAGAAGGCGGCUGAGGAUGGUAAUAGAUUAUGAGGACGAUGACGAAUAAGGUUGUUCGGUUGCAUGUCUCUUGUAAAUGCUGCAUGAAUGUAAUGUUUAUGAAACAAUUUUUAUUUUUAUCUUCUAAAAUUAUGUCUCUAUUAUGCGAAUUACAAAAAGAAAAGGAGUGGAUUAUCAUGCCGGUCUUGCUCGACUCUUUCCAUUACAAAAAGAACAGGUGCUAAAAUUAUUCAAUUCCGUACACAGAAUUAUCUUUUAUGUAGACUGCGGAGCUGCUCGUUGAAUGAUGUUAUUAUACACUUCAACUUAAAGAGGAU